AUACUCGCGGCUUCUUAACCAGCUCUCACCUUUUGAAAGCCUCGUCCUGUUGACGCAGACCUGAACUCACUUUUAUCAAAGUGUCUGGAUGUACAGAUAAACAUUUUGGAUUUUAAGGAUAUCUAAGUGCUAUCUGAGGGUGUGCCGUUCUAAAGAGAAGAAUAUAAGGAAAUCCUCCAAAGGGAUAGUAGACCUAGACCAAGAUCGCGGCGUCACCUUGAAGAACACGGUCAUAACUCCAAUAGGAUUUGCUUCAGUUUAUAGACACAGUUGCCCUAAAAGCCCUUUUGUCAAGAUGGUUUUCACAGCAAAAAAAGGGGCACCCCCUAUCGUCGAGAUCAAAGGCACCGCCACCCUCUGCUUUAACGAGGAGGGCACUCGCUUCCAAGGGUCGAUAUCAGCGGAGGACGAUACACAGUUUGUGAUCUACGGCAAAAAAUCGCAGCUGUCGGAGGACGCCGAGAACGAGACAACGGAAGAUCAGCUCGGAAUAAACCCCGGUGAUGAACAGGACACCGUUCCAGUGACAUUUGACAUCCGGAUUGUGGAUUGUGAAGUUGGAGAGGAGUAUUCUCUGGAAAAGGUCCACGGAAGGAACGGAGAGCUCUGCACCUUUUCAUGUGCUUCAGUCAGUUUCACCACUGAGGAAGUUUACCGAGGCCACAAAGCUGAUAUGGUGUCUCAGAACUGCCUAGGACACACGAUGAACGGCAAGAGAACGACUGUCUACCGAGGACCAAUCAAGCUGAGCUACGAGGCAGCGCCAAGAAAUGUGCAGUGGGUACUGUGAAGCGCCUAGAGAUAGCAGUGUUUUACACUUGGAAACAGCUCAGUACUGCCAAAUGCAAGUGGUCCACCUUUGAAAGUCCCCCAAAAAGUGAACUCUGUGCUUUGGCUGAAGGAGAAAUGUUGCUUUUGAGUACUGAUAAUCUAUACCAAGUAACGUUAGAGAAGUAAGUAACUUACUUCUCUAACAAAACAAAAGUUCUUUGAGGAACAGUGUAAGCAGUUUGCUACACUCAAGGGACCAUUCAAAAGACAGCUUUCAUGUUCAGCAUUUGAUGUCCCCAAUGUGGACUAACACUUGUUUCCUGGUGGGCAGGAAAGAUUUGUAUUUGCAGCGCGGGUUCGUGCAUCACUGAAAGGUUUGCUGUCUUCACAGACUGAGGGACACUUGGGAUGAGCAUUCCAAUCUCUGGGAUGAAGUGAUCAACAGACCUAAAAGGACAUUUUGUGACAGAAAGAAACUUGAGUGGGAUGUUUGCUAUGUUGAUGAUAGAAUCAGCACUUGAGUACAAAACACUAGAUGGAUGAGUUUCAGUUCAUACUGGGAUCUCGCCACAGUGGUGUUUAUGUACCUGUGGUAUCGAAAUAUUUGGAUUGGAGGAAAAGGAAGCCUUGAGUGGUCUGAUCCCAUUCUAAGACAGAACUCAACAACUGUAUGAAGUUAUAUACCUUCGAAGUAUUUAUCUCACAAGACCUUAGAAUUGUUUGUACAAUUUACAGAACAUUAAAAGAUCCAGCAUUAGGGCGGAGUCUUACAAAGCGUUCAAGGAUAAACUCGGAGUCACAACUGAACACAAACAAAAGAUUCAUUCGAUAAAUCAAUCUCUAAAACUUUUCCAUAACUGAUAACCAUGAGGCUUGCGUGGUGUGUAGAACAACUACCAGAGGAAAGACAAAAGCAUUUAAUAAAUAACAGUAAUAAUAAGAUUCAAGCUUAAGUCAACAGCUUCAGAAUAGGUCAAUGAAUAAAAUGAAUGAAUUAUAAUAAUCACAAUAACAUUGUUGAUGACGUGAGGUAUAAUAAAGGAAAAAAUUGGAUUACUCCCAUGAGAAAUGAGUAUUCAUGUCUUUUUGCAAUGCUUUAAUAUUUUCAUUGUUAUUAUUUAAGUAAAUAAGAACCACCCGACACAAAAUUUUAUUGAUCAACACUCGAAUAUUGUCCACAACAUUGCUAUUCUUGUUUGAGGGUGACUGAAAGCUAUUUAUAGUGCAGGGUUCACUCUCUGUUUACCUUUGCUACCAGCACUGAUAAAUAUUUCCAAUGAUGCUAAACUACAGUUUAUUUGUGCAAAAAAAAGAACCAAAUUUUGAGAGAAAUGCCUUGUAAACUGAUAGCCUAUUCGAAGACGAAACCAAUUCGACAAAAGUUUGACUUACUCGAGCAUUUGCAAUCAGGCAGGAAAUCGAAAGGACUGAGUAGUAAGUGCCAGAGCUACAUAGCAAAGAUCAUCCACGAAGAAACAGAUUCACGACAAAUCUUCUAUAAACAUUUCAGUGUCUAAAUCGAGGCGGAGAUGUUCGUUCGCCGAGAUCACUUAAAGCUGUCUUUUCGAGACCUGUAACAAUGAAUGUUUUCCUGUUAUUUUUUUGGAAAUAAAGAUGUAUAUUUUUGUAGCAAA